AUGAAGAUUGACGAGGAGAUUCAGGCGACGGAGGACCUCGUGCUCGGCCUACGCAGGCAGCAUAACGCGCUCAUUUCCGCCGCUAAUGCGCCUGCCGACAUUCUCUACGAGAUAUUCUCCUUUUACCCUGCGAAAGCCAAACGCAAUGCGAAGGUCUCACAGCCACCAACGUGGCGCUCCAUCCCAAUGGUUUGCAGCCGCUGGCGACAAACGUACAUAUCGAACCCCGCUCUUUGGAACGCGCCCGGCACAAUACACCUCCCUGAGAUGAUCAAUACCACGAGACUUUUUCUUGAGCGAGCCUACGGGGUGCCGACGGACCUUUCGCUUCACUUCCGCGACCCAGAAACUCUGGGUGCCAAACUGCCGAAGGCGCUAGCCGCGGGUGUCCCGUGGUUGAGAAGCUUGGAGAUAACCGGCAUAUGUUCCAAACUCGCCGGUCUUCUUCGCGUCUACGCAUUGGCGCCACGACUGGAAGAACUCAGACUGAGGCUGAGUGGUGACGAAGAUGGACACGACAUCAGUCAAUCUACGCUCUUCGCCGGCGGUGUCCCCUCGCUGAAAACACUCACUCUUACGGGUUGCGUGUUUUCUUGGGACUCACCUCUGCUUCGCGCGCCAACCCUCACAGACCUGGAAAUUGAUGGCCACCCCUCAUUGCCACGCCCGACACUCGAAGUUCUACUGGAGCUUUUACAGUGUUCAUCCGCGCUCAAGUCCGUUAGCUUGAAGAAUUGCCUUCCUGAAGUCGGAGUCCGUUUAUCUAACAGCAUCGGGGAUAAACGGCUCGAGCUCCCUCAUCUCAUACAUCUCGAACUCACAUCCAACUCGCCCUUCGCUCUUCAUGCCGUUGCCACUCACAUCCGCGUCCCGACGUCAGCACGGUUCUUCAUCCGAUGCAAGGACUACGCCUUUGCAGAUCACUUCAACGUCGACGAACAACAUUCACAGGCGUUAGUUGACGCUAUGCUCAGCCAUGUCCUCUCACGAGGACCUGGCAGCCAGCCUCGAGAAGGCAUAUGCCUAGAUCAGCAUCUUCUCGCGCUUUCUUCAUAUCAGACAUAUGAGCCGAGCGACUCGUCGUUGGAGUUCGGGACCAUGUGCUACGGCAACACAGACGAUCUGGACGCUCCUUUCGACUUUGUGCGUGACAUGCAGUCCUGGACGCCAUCCAUCGGGCUGCAUCUAUCGUGGGACGAAUUUCGGUUGAGGACAUUAUACCCGAUGGAACGCAUGACCGAGCACGCAUUCAACAGCCUUCUGAGCGCCAUUCCCCUCUUCGAGCUCAAAGGCGCCCAUCUCUCCGGGGACGCGUUCUACCAUGAAGAGAAGGUCGUCAGUUCAUUCCGCGACGCGAACAACAUCGAGGCUUUGACCAUCUCAAGGCAAGCGCUACGGGGCGUUCUCGAAGCCAUCAGUGGUGUCUUCACCGAUGAUCUUUCGUUCAGCUCGAACCCGCUCUUUCCAUCGCUGAAACACCUGUGCGUGUGCGAUAUGCCGCUACAAACGAUCAUCGCGAGGGGAGAAACGGCGUAUACACAUCUGCGCGCGGCAUUGCGACGUCGACGCGAAGCAGGAGGGGAUCAAACAUCGAUGAAUGGCCUGCAGCAACUCGAUAGACUCGGCAUAUACCACACCUACCUACCUGCCGCUCAGAUGGAGGAGCUGGGGCAAUUGGUGACAUAUGGAUCGGUCGAUGCGAUGUGA